AUGAGUACGACCCAAGGCGCUUCCGGUGGUCAUUCUGCUUCUGGUUACGGUGGGCGCGGCAGCUACCCACCUCCUCCUCGUUCGUUCGAAGAUCGCGCAGUUGCCAAAGAACAAAUGAUGCAAGCCGUGCGCGAGUCGUCCCAGCAAGACCGUCGUGUCUAUGUGGGCAACCUCUCCUACGAUGUCAAGUGGCAUCAUCUGAAAGACUUUAUGAGACAGGCUGGAGAAGUGAUCUUUGCCGAUGUCUUACUGCUUCCCAAUGGAAUGUCGAAGGUGGGCGCCAAUGCGAUUGUGGAAUACGCGACCAGGGAUCAAGCGCAGAAUGCUGUCAACACCCUUAGCAACCAGAACUUGAUGGGACGUCUCGUCUACGUUCGCGAGGACCGUGAACCCGAGCCUCGUUUCACCGGAGGCCCUUCCCGUGGAGAUUUCGGAGGCGCUGGUCGCGGAGGCUUCGGUGGCUUCGGUGGUCCUGGUGGCCCUGGCGGAGCUCCUGGUGGUGCCGGUGGCCGCCAGCUCUACGUGUCGAAUCUUCCGUUCAACGUUGGCUGGCAAGAUUUGAAGGAUCUUUUCCGCCAAGCUGCUCAGCAAGGCGCUGUGAUCCGUGCUGAUGUGCAUACCGAUGCUACGGGCCGCCCCAAGGGCUCUGGUAUUGUCGCGUUCGAGUCGCCCGAGGAUGCUCGCAAUGCCAUCCAACAGUUCAACGGAUACGACUGGCAGGGACGUGCGCUGGAGGUCCGUGAAGAUCGCUUCGCUGGUGCCGGACCCGGCUUUGGUGGCCGUGGCGGCUUUGGUGGUGGCUUCGGUGGCCGGGGUGGCUUCGGCGGUCGCGGCGGCUUCGGUGGUGGUCGUGGUGGCUUCGGCGGAGGUUUCCGCGGCGGUUAUGGCGGCGGCGCCCCUGGCGGUUUCGGUGGUGGCCCCGGUUUCGAGGGAAUGGCCUCGGUGCCUCCCAACCCUUUCACCGAUUUUGCUACCUCUGGCGGCGACAAGGGCUCGGUCAUCUACGUGCGCAACCUGCCUUGGUCGACUUGCAACGAGGAUCUGGUGGAUCUGUUCUCGACCAUUGGCAAGGUUGACCGUGCUGAGAUCCAGUACGAGCCCAACGGUCGUUCGCGCGGCACCGGUGUGGUCCAGUUUGAUAACGGCGAUACUGCGGAGACUGCGAUCGCCAAGUUCACAGGCUACCAGUACGGCGGUCGUCCCCUGGGCAUUACGUUCGUCAAGUAUAUGAACGCCGGCCCCGGACCGGGCGAGCCGAUGGACGGCGCCGAGCCGACUGCUCCCAUCACGCAGGAUCAGAUCAUGUAA